AUGUCGUCCGCAUCACAUAACCAUACCGUUUCCAAUCGGUCCGGUAAAUCAUCAACCGCACGAGGCCGUCCAUCACAACCAGACGUCUCAAAAAUGCCAACAGCAAAGGACCUCAAAUACUUCAUCCCCUCAGCCGCCACGGCAUCCGUUUUCCUCUACGCCCAGGGACCGUCAAUAGUGUGCUGCCACCAUGAUACUCUCACCAUCGACCGAAGAUUCUCUCGUCAUGUGGACGACAUCCAACUGAUUGCAGUGGACAACCAGAGUGAAAUCGGUGCCGGCCGCUUUGUCGUGAGCUAUGACGCUGGACAGACGGCUAUUGUGUGGGACUUGAUGACUGGCGAUGAGAUUUCUCGCUUUGUUUCCUACGAGACGCUCACAGUUGCCGCAUGGAUGCGUAAUGGAAACGUAGCAUUUGGCAACACCCAAGGAAAUAUUAUUCUCUUUGAGCCAACCACGUCCGAGCACAUCUCAGCUAGGACGAUAGAUCAGAUUGCAGUGACGGCAUUGGCUCCGUCGUCUGACUGCCGGACCUUUGCCAUUGGCUAUCAAAAUGGAUCGCUUUUAAUCGCGACAUUGCAGCCUCGCUUUACCAUCUUACACAACUUGACAACUUCGAGAGGACCAUCGCCCAUUGUCACGCUUGCCUGGCACGCAUCAUCCUCAAAGCAAAAGUCGGACAUGCUGGCUGUCCAGAUGCACGACGGCGACCUGCGGGUCUGGAGUGUGGCCAAGUCGUACAACGCAGAAGAGCCCAAGGUAGUCAGGGCGCUCCGGAGAAAUGAGAACUACCAGGCCGGCCCCAAUUGGAUGGGAUGGUCCAAGAACGGCCGCGUUAUCCAAUACUCAGACUCGGAGACGUUUUCGUGGGACGUAAGAACAAGGCAUGUUACUAGGGACUCUAUCCCAACCCUAGAGCAUGUUAAAGGCAUAGCUCUUUAUGGGCCCGGAGCGAGCCUCUUUACUCUCGGGCCGAAUAACACUGUACAGCAAUUCGAUCUCAACUCUCCAGCUAUCAUGGUAGCCAACGUGCAGCACCCUGCGGGUGUCCUUCCGCCAUCUCCCCCAACUUCCGAAGAGACAGGAGGUAGGUCAGUACACUCUGCCACGACAAUUCAUACGUCAGAGUCCGAGUCAAGCUCAAUUCCCCUCGAGAUGAGCGUCUCCGAAAGCGACGACGAUCAUCUAUCUCCUUUCCAGCGCCUAGUAAGGCACAAUGUCCCCGAAGUACCCAAUAACGAAGUUUAUGAUGCAGGCAGUCCAGCCUCUAGCCGGAGCGGCAUGUCAUCCUUGUCCAAGUCUUCGGCAGGUUCACGCACGCCUGGCAGGCCAUCAGGAUCGCUAAGGUCGCGAGGCAUGACAGAGGGAACAUAUAUCUCUGCCGGGUCUUCCUUGAAAACUUCCACGGCGGGGCGGCAGGGGCAGGAGCUAGACAACUAUUCGAUGGGAUACUCGCUUCCUACCACAAGUGCUCCGUCGUUGGCCUCAUCCAAGUCUAAACUUAGGCCCUCUCGUUUAAGGCAUGAGGUGCCGAGGAGCCCUGCUGAUGAGACUAAAGUGCAAGACCUGUUCAAGUACACUCGCUCGCGUUUGAGCGACCUUCCGUAUAAACAUCCGAUACCGUCAAAUUACCCUCACCUCACCAAUGACGAUUUACGUCGACAGAUGCUCAACACCAUCUUCGGAUGGAACAAAGAAGUGGACGACCUUAUUCGCGAUGAGAUGAGCCGCCAUCCUUCCGGAUCGGCAAACCGUAUUCUACUUGCUAAGUGGUUGGGUGAUUUCGACUCGGGCAUUGUGGCUGCUAGCUCUCAAAACAUGACUUCAUCAGACUGGAUGCUGUUGGCACUGAGUUCCAUUGGUGGCCACGCAUCCCAGCACAAGCUCGGUCGCGUCUAUGUCCAGCGUCUCCUGGAGAAUGGCGAUAUCCACGUUGCGGUGACGAUUAUGCUUGGCAUGGGAGACUUUAAUGAUGCCAUUGAAGUCUAUAUCUCGCACAAGAUGUAUAUGGAGGCUCUCAUUCUCACUUGCGUAGCUUUCCCUAGUGUCUGGGAGCGCCAAGUUGCCAUUGUCAAGAAAUGGGGCGAAUGGGCGGUUAAGCAUGGUCAGCAACAGUUGGCAAUUCGCUGCUUUGCAUGUACCGACCAGGAAUCUUCAGAGCCUUGGACCUCGCCGUCAGCUGCGCAACUCAGCUUCCAAAACGUCACACCGAGUAUCCCUGAGGUGCUGAGCCCUCCAUUAUCACCCCCAGGAAUCCAGAUGGGGCCUCAGCGCAGUGUCGCCAAAGCAUCAGCGCUGAAGCUGGUUACGUCGUUUGGAGAUCAGAACCAAAAGGCCAAGUUCUACUCGCAGGCUGAUGGAGGCCAGACGCCGAUUGCUGCUGGAGUAACGCCGAUUGCUGAGUCGGCUAUAUCUCCAAGUGGUGCUUAUGACCCUGCGACUGCGCUUCUGCGGCCGUCGAACAAUAGCCGGUUCAAUACGCCAACGUCAGCUCGCGCUGGAGGCCAAAUGUUCAAUCGUGGGCGCUUGCCCUCAAUUGGAGAGUCUGCUUUUGACAGGAAUAGUCUGAAAAAUAUCGGAGCUGUCAUCCAGCCCGUUGACGCACCCCAGGAGCAUCGAGCAAGCCACUCUCGCAAGUCGUCUGCGACUCAAGACAACAACAUGACGACAGGACUAGCGAUGCAGCGCGCUGCUACAGCUAGUCCAAUGAUGAUGAGGGAAAAAUUCCCGCCUGUCGUUCAGGGAUAUGCUGGUGAAUAUACGAAUGAGCGCCCUCCGUCUCCUGACAAUACAAUCAUGAGUAGACUACAAGAAGUCCACGCAGCACAGCGAAACGGCUCCCGGGACCGGAUUCCCGCGCAUUUACAUCUGCAACUGCAGCCUAUGACACAGCUGGACACGAUGUCUCCUGAACAAUCAAACGCUUCAUCCAACCGCUACCACUGGCCGACCCGUCGUCGUGGCACUGGUCCCAGCACAGCCCCUCUUGCAGGGUCUGUGGCAGGUUCCAUCACAUCCAACUCAAGCGCCGGCCGUAGUCACCGAUCAAACCCUCGCCACAAGGAUGAUUACAUCCACAGCCUGGAAGCGGCACAGUAUUAUUCUAGAGGGGCUGGAAGCAGAAAUGGGAGCAAGGACCGCAAAAGGGACCCGUCCACUGGCCGUCACGCCAGCCGAGAGCGACGAGCUAAAUCGCGUGACCCAUCUGAAGAUCGUGGUAGAGCCUCGGCCAGAUCUUGGACCAAACCAAAACGAUCUCCUACAUCUCCUGUCCCAAUGUCCCCGGAAGACUUGGCUAUCCUCAGCAAUCGUAAUUUCGAGAAUACGGUUGAGCCCUUGACAAUUCGAAAAGCGAGCGUGGCAAAGAGCGGAAAGGGAAGCGGACGUACGCCCAGUCAUGGACGUAGCCCCGAUAGCAGGCGCUUGCCACCAUUGGAUACACGUGAACGUGUCUCCCAUGGGCGAAGCAGAUCGGCACCGCGGUCACCAACGUCGCCAGUGCCACUGUCAGCAACGGCCUUGCAUUAUCAGGGAUCGGAAGACGAAGAAGACUUUAGGAGGGCUAUGCAAGCUCAGGAAGAAUUCAGAGCCAAGCACAGUCGGAGCGUUGGCCAUCCUGGUAGUUCUCCCGCCUUGAGUCGACGUGAAAACACAGAAAGCCGCCGAAGAGAGGCGGCCAGUGACGCUCGCGACCCAGCCCCGAUGUUGUCUCAUAUCCGUGCUGCAUCUACAGAGCACGCUGGCGAUUUGCGAAAGAUGAAGGAUGAAAGACAGCGGAAGAAAGAACAAGCCGCACGCGAGCUCGAGGAACGACGGAAAUCUCUUGCAAAGCGGCAGCUGGGCCCUCAAAUCCCCCACCCUAGCGAGAUAGUAUCACCUAGGAAGCCUCCUCCUCUGGUGGAGGCCGAUGAUGAGGCGUUGUCUGAGGAUCUCCCUCCUCGCUCUGCAACGGAACCUCCGAGGAGCAUGUAUGCUCGAAAUGGGCCACAAAUUGGUCUGCCUGCCACACCAAAGGCAAUGAGACUCAUUCUCCAGACAGAUGAGGACGAGAAUGAUGAGCUGCCGCCACCCCCAGUUCCUACAACGUUCUCCCAGAAAUACUCCCCACAAAAUUCGCCUAAAUACUCUCCGCAAUACGCCUUGGAAAAGAACAAGGCGGUGCAAAAGGAAGAGGAGGAAGAACAGCAACAGCAACAGCAGCCACUGACAUUGUUGCCAUCGACAGUUUAUCAGCUGCCCUCAACGGUUUACCAACCACCAACUCGACCUAUGAUUCCGCGAAGCAUGUCUGCGCCAAUCCCCGAGGAACCAUCGCAACAACCCCGCUUUAUGAGAAAGGGGAGUGCCAAUGAAGGCAGGGGCCUCGAUGACAUUGUUGAGACGGAAUGGCGCCGACAGAGGAGCGAUCUGGUGCCUCCACCACCACCACCACCUCCUUCGGCGCCUCUUACCUUUCUGAAAGAGCUGCAGCAUCUGGCAGUUCCUCCUCCUCCCCCACCACCACCGUUGCCACAUGUACGACGACAGCCUCCCGUUGCUGGGACGGUGGCCUCGGGUAUGAUUGAGAUUGUCAUGGAUGACGAUGAGACGGAGGAGCCUAUGGCAGCUGCUCCCAACGAUGGCAUGGUGCCAGUGAUUCCUCCUCCCGAACCACCUGUCAAGGGACACAGCCGAGGUCGCAGUCUUGGAGAAGGCAGUCUCUCUGGUCGCAUGAGCAAAGCUACCGAACGUCUCCGCUCGGGCAGCCGCAGCCGCAAAGAUGGAGCUAUUAGCAUCAUCAGGUCACCACUUGAGGCCUUUGGCGAUGCGACAGCCGGCAUGGGCCAUCUUCGGUCUCCCGUGGCGGGCGUGCCACCUCCUGUCUUGUAUGAUCGAGAUAUCGUUCGAUCGCCGGUUGAGGGGCAUGGUAGGAAGCUGUCGACCGGGAUGUUUUAA